AUGACGGCCAAGAGUCCCGAGGAGUAUCCUGCGGACAUCAAGCAUGAUUUGAACGAUAUUGAAGCUCAAAAGUCUGUCCCUUCAAAAAGAACAUGGAUUAAGAAAGCUCUUUCAUUAUCAUUCCAAGUGGGUCUUUUCUGCUACCUUUUGGUUAAUAUUUUAAGCUAUAGCUUUUCUUCAUCUUCUCAUAGGGAUAGGUCUCAGGCAACGGCCACUGAGCUUGCUUAUUUGAAGACAUUAGACGACAGCAAUCUUGCGGGAAACUGGUCAGAGAAAUUGACUUCAGUUCCUCACUUAGCUGGUAAAGGUAUCGAGUUAGUGAAUUGGACUGCAUCCAAGUUCGAAGAGUAUGGAUUAAAGACAGAAGUGGAAGCUUUUGAUAUUUACAUGAACUAUCCAGUGGAUAAUGGUUUAACUUUAUUGCAAGAGGAUGAACCAGUUUUCAAGGCUAAUUUGACAGAAGACCAUUUACCAGAAGAUUCAACUACUGGGGGUGAUGAUUUGGUUCCAGCUUUCCAUGGGUACUCUGCAUCUGGUAAUGUGACUGCUGAAUUCGUUUAUGUCAAUUACGGCUCCAAGGAAGAUUUUGAAUUGUUGGAAGAGCAUGGUGUUCCAUUAAAGGGCAAGAUCGCAAUCGUAAGGUAUGGCAGAAUUUUCCGUGGUCUAAAGGUCAAGUUCGCCCAAGACGCUGGGUGUGUUGGUGUCUUGAUUUAUUCCGACCCUGGUGAUGACUUCUUCCAAGAGGCUAAAGGUGAUAAACCAUAUCCAAAGGGACCAGCUAGAAACCCAUCUUCAUUACAGCGUGGAUCUGUACAAUUCCUGUCUCAGUUCCCAGGUGAUCCAACUACUCCAGGUAGACCAUCUCAGGGUGAUGAUGUUGUCCGUGAUGAUCCUUACAAAUCGAUACCAAAGAUCCCCUCAUUGCCCAUCUCUUUCAAAGAAGUUAAGCCUAUAUUAGAGAAAUUAAACGGUCAUGGUGUGAAAGGUUCUUCAAUUGGCGGUGACCACUGGGUUGGGAACCUUCCUGGCUUCGAAUACUGGACUGGUCCGAACUCAAAAUACUCCUUAAAUUUGUACAAUGAACAAAAGUAUGAUAUCGUUCCGAUUCACAAUGUCUAUGGUAUAUUAGAAGGUUAUGAUUCGAAAAGUGGAUAUAUUCUUGUUGGUAACCAUAGAGAUGCAUGGAUUAAAGGUGGUGCUUCUGACCCCAACAGUGGUACUGCUGCUAUGCUUGAAAUGGCCAGGUCUCUUCAUGAAUUGACAAAGAAUGGCUGGAAACCAAGAAGGACUAUUAAGUUUGCCUCAUGGGAUGGUGAAGAGUACGCUUUGCUUGGGUCCACUGAAUUUGGGGAAAAAAAUGCCAAUGAAUUGAAGAAGAACUUACUUGCUUAUUUGAAUGUAGACGUGGCCGUGGGUGGUAGACAACUAAAGAUAGCUUCAUCGCCAUUCUUAAAUAAGGCUAUCAAGGAAGCUUUGCCACUAAUUGAAUAUCCAUUAGAAGAAAAUGUCACACUUCAUGAUCAUUUUUUUAACCACACUAACAUUGGCAUCUUAGGUUCUGGAUCCGAUUACACUGUUUUCUUGGAACAUUUGGGUAUCGCCUCUUUAGAUCUUGGAUUUAGCGCUACCGCAAAAGAUCCUGUCUAUCACUAUCAUUCGAAUUAUGAUUCGUUCCAUUGGAUGGCUACCAUGCAAGAUCCAGGAUUCAAGCUACACAAUGCUGUCGCCAAACUAUUUGGUACCAUUGCCUUGAGAUUAUCCGAAGAUAAGAUAAUAAAUUCCAAGGUCUCGGACUACUCAACUGAGUUAACUAAAUACUACAAACACAUCCAAGAAAGCGUUCCAGAACAGUGGUUAAAUAUUACUAACCACAGAGGUACCCCAUUGAGUAAGCUGAUCCAUAAAACAAGCAAGAAAUUGGACAAACUUGUAUCAUCUGCCGACUAUUUUGAUGAGUACUUAACUGAUCUAAACAAACAAUGGGAAGAUAAGAACUCUCUACCAUGGUGGAGGCGCAUAAAGUUGCAUUUCCAGAUUGUACACGUGAAUUUCAAAUUGUUCUACCUUGAGAGAAACUUCCUACACGAAGAAGGUUUGAAAGGCAGACCAUGGUUCAAACACGUGGUCUUUGCAUCUGGUAAGAAUACUGGUUAUGAAGGGUUUGCCUUACCAGGUUUGAAGGAAGCCUUAGACGACAAAGAUGUCAAGGAUUUCAUUCAUUGGAACAAAAUAUUCCUGCACACGAUCAAGAGGUUAGCUCAUGAAUUCGACCUCAAGAAAUAA